AAUGGCUCCACGAAAGGGGAAGGUGCAAAAGGAGGAGCAAGUGGUACUUGGACCACAGGUCAAGGAGGGUGAAAAUGUGUUUGGUGUAGCACAUAUCUUUGCCAGUUUCAAUGACACAUUUGUACAUGUCACAGAUUUGUCUGGAAAGGAAACCAUUGCCCGUGUAACUGGAGGAAUGAAGGUCAAGGCUGACAGAGAUGAGGCUUCACCAUAUGCUGCUAUGUUGGCAGCCCAGGAUGUUGCUGAGAGAUGCAAGACUCUUGGAAUUAAUGCGCUCCACAUAAAGCUGAGAGCCACUGGUGGUAACAGAACUAAGACUCCUGGACCAGGUGCACAGUCAGCUCUGAGAGCCUUGGCUCGAUCGGGAAUGAAGAUUGGUAGAAUUGAGGAUGUGACCCCAAUUCCAUCAGACAGCACCAGAAGGAAGGGAGGACGUCGUGGUCGCCGUUUGUAAAUUACCUAAUUCCGACAUGUACAAAACAUUAAAGAAAACUGACAAGGA